AUGGAGAAACAACCCUCUCAAACCCAUGCUCAGCAGAACCAAGAUGUCGAAGCAAGCACACAUGUCGCCGACUUUCAGAUAAUCGAACCGACAGCGUCACUCGGAGCGUCGCUGGCCCCAGCAGAGUCCGACCCCUAUGGCAGUCGUCCAGCAUGUUUCAACAGUCUCUUCCAGGAAUGUCUCUUUGUUCUCACCACAACCAUCGCCGUGGGUCAGAGCUCCAUCUUCACCGGGGCCAUCCUCUGCAUGACAAACUAUAUCGGCAAGGAUCUGAAUAUGACGGCCGCCGAGGUGACCUGGAUCAGCGCGGCCCAGACCCUCGCGGCGGGGACAUUCUUGCUCUUCUUUGGCCGCGUCGCCGAUUUGUUUGGGAGGAGACUGCUCUUCCUGUGCAGCCUGGCCUUUUUCAGUAUCUGUCUGCUCAUCACGGGGUUUGCCACCAAUGCCUACUUUCUGGAUGUCUUCUGUGGUCUCCUCGGUCUCAGUUCGGCGGCGUCCGUCCCGCCGGCCAUUGGCAAGCUAGGCGCGGUUUACGACAGACCAAGCCGACGAAAGAAUAGAGCCUUUGCCUGCUUCUCUGGUGGCAAUCCGGUUGGUUUCGUGCUCGGGGCGUUCAUCAGUGGCGUGACGAUGCAAAUUGCCAAUUGGAGAGCGGCGUUCUGGGUCAUGUCGGUCAUCUUCGCCUUCUUCUUCUUUGCAGCCCUGUGGACCACCCCGCCCGACACCGAACAAUCACUCGGAGGACUUAAUAUGAGCACCUUUGUGAAAUUCGACCUUCUUGGAGCCUUUCUGGCCGUGGGUGGGAUUGCCAUGUUCACUGCUUCCCUGACUCUGGCGGGCGACGCGCCACGUGGAUGGGGAACGCCCUAUGUGAUUGCCCUGCUGGUGGUUGGGGUUGUCCUGAUCCUUGGGUUCAUCUAUUGGCAAAGUGUCUUCCGAUACCCCCUCAUGCCAUUGAGGGUCUGGAAAGACCGAAACUUCACCGUGGUGGUGGCGGUGCUCUGCCUUGGAUUCUAUGGCUUUGCGGGGAAUCUAUUUUGGUUAACUCUACUCUGGCAAAGGAUUGACGAGCUGUCGCCGUUGAUGGUCGCCGUUCAUCUCCUCCCGGCAGGUAUUGGCGGAAUCCUUGUCAACGUGCUGGCAGCGAUGAUUAUGCAUCGAGUCUCCAACAGACUGAUCAUGAUCAUUGGGGCCGUGAGUGCCGUCAUCGCUUCUGCACUCUUCAGUGCCAUAUAUACCUCGAUCUCCUUCUGGGCUCUUGCAUUUCCCGGACUUUUGUUCAGCGUACUGUCCCAGGAUUUGGAGUUUACCGUUACCAACAUGUACGUCAUGUCGUCUCUUCCCAGUGAACAGCAGUCAGUGGCUGGAGGCCUGUUCAACACGGUGACCCGGCUUGUUGCGACGGUCGGGCUGGGCAUCCAAACAAGCAUUUACAAUACCGCUGGAGGGGCGGCACAAGGAGUCGGAGCCCUGAGAUAUCGGCCGUAUCAGGCGACAUUUUGGGUAUCCCUGGCGGGUUCGGUGUUGGCUGUAUUUCUAGUCCCCUUCUUAACCAUUGGGCGCCAAGGAGGGCGAAAAAGACAUGGCAAUCGUGGACAUCAGGAUUAA